UGCGUUUUCCCUGCUAGAUAGCUUUGAGCAUUUUGGUUAGGGUUUGCUAAUUCACAAAGCACUAGGAAUGUAUAGCUUCUGUCGUUCUCUGUAAUACACUGGACUUUGACUUUUUAAUUUCCUCGAAAGCACUUAUUCGGACGACAGCGGUUUUGACGUGAUCACACUUGGUUUUCCUUGGAUUUCGGUAUGCCAGCUCUGCUUGAGAGCAUAACGUCACCUUCCUCCUUUGAAUCUGCGUUGGAAGAGGUCGGCUCACACAAAUCGUCUUGGGCGAAUAUCAAACAGAAAUUCUCCACUCCAUCACACUGUAGUAUGGAUACACACUCACUCAGCAGCAGUUCGUCGUCGCAAACAGAUUCAGAUAGUCUGGAUGAGAUUUCUUUGCCAGAAUGGGAUUUAUUCAGUGAUCCACAACAGCAGCAGGUAUGCUCAGAAUUAUUAAAAGUUAUAGAACAUUGCCUUACUGAAGCAAAGGGCUCCUUAAAAUGUUCUAAGCUGCUCAUUCCAGGACAACUGCUGGAACAUGUUGGUCAGGAGUUUCUCCAUUUGUCUGCUACAGAGCCCUGUGGACUGAAGGGGGCACUGGUUGAUCUGUGUAUACAGCAUGAGUCUGUCUGUCUUCACAUGGAACAGAUUUCCGUUGAUCCCACUAUUGUCCCUACCUUCCAGCUGACUCUGAUACUGCGUCUAGAUAGUGGAUUGUGGCCACGGAUCCAGGACUUGUUUACAUCUGGCCCAUCCUUUACACCUGGGUAUAGGCAUUCGCUGCGACUUGGAACAGGGUUUAGAGUCAUUAAGAAAAAGCUAUAUAGCUCUGAAGAGCUGCUUAUUGAAGAGUUCUGAAAGGAAACCUUGCUAUACAAUGUACACUGUUUUUUUGGAAGCUACAUAAAGACUGGGACUUACACUUUGCUAAAGGGCUACUGGAGACUGUUCUUGUUGACCGAGACGUUUGAAAAAUUAAGAUUUACAGAGUGUAGGCAUUUAAUCGUAGCUAAAAUCUGAAUGCACUUUUGAUCAGUAAAGGCAUAAGCUUUUUCACAGUAAAUGGAAGAUUAGCAGAUUGUAGCAGAAUUCAUAAUGCACUGUAAAACAAUUACACAAAAAGUGGUGCUGUAUUAAAGAUGUGCCCUUGGGGGUGUCUUAAGAGAAUGAGCUGAAUGUUGAAAAGGAGCCAGGGCAUUUUUUAUUGGUUCCAAGCAAGGUCUGCAUUAAAAAUGACUGUGCAGAGCCAGACUCUUCCAGUACAUUGUGUAAAACUGAACAAAAAUGUAUCCUCUAGCUUAGGAUGUGUGGCAGCUAAAAUGGUGUCUAGCUUAGUAAUCUUGUACUGGAAGGAUUGUAUUGAUACUGUUGACAGUAUUUUGUUCUCCACUGUUUUUUCCACUGUUUUCCUUAAACUAAUGUUACGUUUCAGUAACUUAAUUUUGCACUACUUUUUUACGGUUUUAUAAUAAAAGCACUGAAAUUUA